AUGAAUUCCGAGACUAAAUUAGUGUUAAAAGUGGCAAUAGGGCUAUUGCCAUUUUUCGUUUUAGCCAUAAGGCUAUUAUCGAUUUUACCAAUACUCAAUGCAGAUGCCACUGUUGGGUUCCUGGAAAUAUUACCGAAAGAUUGUAAGGGCAGUAACGUAAUGGUAUUACUUGGAUCUGGUGGACACACGGGAGAAAUGAUAAGAAUUCUUGAAAAUGUAGAUUUGAAUGAAUUUUCACGUACUUGGGUCACGUCUUCAGGCGAUUCUAAGUCUAUAUUGAAGUGUAAAACGUACGAAGAAGACCACUUGAGUGGCAGUAUAUAUAGCGCAUCCUUUUUGAGCCUUCAUAGAGCAAGGAGUGUAGGCGAACCAAUAACCCUGUCAAUCAAAAAUACUUUGUUAUCGUUUUACUAUACGUUUCAGGCAGUAUAUACUUUACCCAACCUUCCCUCCGUACUUUUGCUUAACGGCCCAGGAACUAGCGUUCCAUUAGCAUACAUCUUAUUUGGAUUGAGAUUUUUAGGGUUAGCUAAUACGAGAAUAAUAUACAUUGAAAGCUUGGCUAGAGUUAAUCUGUUAAGUCUUUCUGGAAAAUUGCUUCUUCCAAUAUCUGACAGGUUUAUAGUGCAGUGGGAGCAAUUGCUGAUGCAGUACAAGAGAGCAGAGUACUAUGGAAUCUUACUUUAA